AUGGCAGCAGACGAUGGAGAUGCCCUCAGGCAGGUCAAGAACAUCGUGCUCGUCCUAUCUGGCAAGGGCGGCGUUGGCAAAUCGUCAGUCACGACGCAACUCGCCCUGAGUCUGGCACUAGCCGGCAAGCGGGUCGGCAUCCUCGAUAUCGACCUGACGGGACCCUCUAUACCACGCAUGUUUGGUGUCGAGGAACGACAGAUUCAUCAGAGUAGUGGCGGAUGGGUCCCUGUCUAUUCUCGCAGUGACGCCGUCAUUUGGCGUGGCCCGAAGAAGUCUGCCAUGAUUGCUCAGUUCCUGACCUCUGUUCUUUGGGGUGAACUCGAUUAUCUCUUGAUAGAUACACCGCCAGGCACAUCAGACGAGCAUAUCGCCGUUGUAGAAAAGCUACGGCAAACGCCCGAAGUUUGGGAAAAGUGCAGAGGCGCGGUGCUCGUCACAACACCUCAGGAAGUCUCGACGGCCGAUGUCCGCAAGGAGCUCUCCUUUUGCCGCAAAACGGGUGUGCAUAUCCUUGGCCUGAUUGAAAAUAUGAGUGGCUACAUUUGUCCCUGCUGUGAUGAGGUCACCAACAUCUUCUCCUCAGGAGGCGGCGAAGCCAUGGCAAUACACUACAAUGUACCCUUCAUGGGCAAGAUACCGAUAGAGCCACGGUUUGGCGAGAUGGUGGAACAAGGACAGAGUGGUGGCGAUACGCUUCUUGAUCGGUAUCGAGGGAGUGCCUUGAGCGGUCUGUUUGCAGGAAUCGCCAAGGAGCUUGAUGAGCGGAUACACACAGCAUAG